GCCACGGCAAGAAAGGCGGCCGCACUGGGAGAGGCCAUGGGCGCAGGCGGCGCGCGCGUGCCCAUGCCCGCGGAUCCGGGCAAGACCAUGGAGCAAAUGCUCGAGAAGUUUGUGAACAGUCGCCUGGAGAAGUCGGCAGUGGCAGCGGCGGAGAGGCAGAACAAGGAGUUCAAGAAGGAGGAAAAGACGGGCAAGAAGCACAAGAAGAAGGAUAAGAAAAAGGAAAAGAAAAAGAAAGACAAAAAGAAAAAGAAAAAGGACAAGAAGAAGGAUAAGAAAAAGAAGAAGAAGAAGUCCUCCUCGUCUUCCUCCUCUUCCUCGUCAUCUUCUUCUGGUGAUGGCAAGGACGAGGAGUCUCGCAAGGACGAGAAGCCGGAGGAGAAAGAGGAGCACGGGGAGAAGAGAAAACACGAAGGCGAGCAGCCCGAGCUGGACUUCUGAGCGAGCGAAUCGGCCCGCGCAGCGGGCCCUAAGGCCGAAGAGGCCCAAGUUGGGACCUUUAGGUGAACGAGAGCGGGAAGCAGUUGCUGGCAGGUGCAUUCAUACUGUGGAUGGACGAAAUCCUGCACCACCC